AAAUGCGCUUUUGUUGUAGUUGUCAGAAUCCAGGCAGCGAAGCUACAACAGUGCCGAGCUCGUUCGCUUGAUGCACUGAUUGCAUAUUACAUCCCCUGGAGCGACACUUGCUGGACGCAUUCCUGUGUUCUGCAACCUUAUCAAGUCCGCGCACAUACAAACACACACACACACAUACAGUAAAGCGAAAACAGUGUUGCCGUGGUAGAGUUAGGUGUUCGCUUUGCUUUGUUGUUGUUGUUUACGGGAAGGCCCCAGGGCACCGCAGCAGGCGAAGGAUGGAGGAACCGCCGCCGCCGCCACCACCCGCUGCACCGUCGCCACACGGGACGAAAAGUGAACCGAUGACAGCGGCCGCACCGAACGAAGCCACACAACGGUCGGCCGCUGCCGUCGGUGGCAGGAUGGUGGUAGUGUGUCGGAUCUGUCUCUCCACCCGUCCGCGCAUGAUAUCCAUCCACAGUCCGGUGCCGGAGUACGACCAGAAGACGCUGUACGCCAUGCUGCUGUCCGUGUGCUUGCCGCUGAACCAGCGCGAAACGGUGCAGGGCUUGCCGGAACAGAUCUGCCGCAACUGCCAGUGGAAGCUGCUGUCGGCGUACGAUCUGUACGAGACGACGCUGGCCAGCGACGAGCAGCUGCGCGCCGAAACGUCCCGGAAACCACCGACCGGGAAGGUGACACUGGCCGGCGAGGUGUUGCAGCCGGCGGAUGCACCGACAGCGGACGACGGCUUGAUCCGUGUGAAGGAAGAAACGCCCGACGACGGGUACGAGGAGCACGGGUACGGACCGGGCGGUAGGGCCGAAGAGGAGGACGUCCCGGGCGCGGUGUACGACGCGAGCGGGGAGAUGAGCAUGCUCAGCAUUCAACCCGACGUAAGCCUGCUGACGGAGGAGGGGGGCCGCGAGCCGGGCGAGGAGGAGGAGGGAGACGACGCCAACCUGCUGGAGGAGUCGAAAGCCGACCUGCCCGAUCCGAUGGAAGCGUUCGUGGACGAGCACUACCAGCAGGACGAGGACAGUGGCAACCACGUGUGCGGGCUGUGCAAGCAGGACUUUGCGUACAAGAGCCAGUGCCGGAUGCACAUCGCGCAAAAGCACAACCCGGCCAAACCGUUCAAGUGCGACGUGUGCUACUGCACGCUCACCAGCCACCUGCGCCUGGUGCGGCACAAGAUCGUGACGCACGGCGCCGGCCAGAUCAAGCGGGAGGACGUGAUCGAGGCGCAGAACGACAGCACCGGCGAGAUGACGUACACGUGCCCGAUCUGCCGGAAGGUGUUCAACUCGUCCGUGCGCUUCAAGCGCCACCGGAACGUGCACGUGGUGCACAAUCGGCCGUUCAAGUGUGAGGUGUGCCUGUACCGGUUCGCCACCAAGCCGCAGCUGACGCAGCACGCCAAGGUGCACGACGAGAAGAGCGUGUCGCCGGGCAGCUCGGAGGUGGGCGAGUACCCGUGCGACCGCUGCGAGGAGGUGUUCGUGGCGAAGCGCGCCCUCACGAUGCACCUGAAGAAGGCGCACCAGGUGUACCGGGUGCCGGGCGGGGCGCGGCCGGACGAGCAGCGCGAACGCAGCGAGUACGUGUGCAUCAUCUGCAAGGCGACGUUUGCGCGCGAAACCGUCCUCAACACGCACAUGAAGAUGCACGAGCUGCUGGCGGCGGAGAAGGAGAAGGAACGGCGGCUCGAUCUCGAGCGGCUGGUCAAGCAGGAGCUGCAGCAGCAGAUGCAGCAGAGCGUGCCACCGCUGCCGCCCCUCUCGCCGGAGGAAACCGAUCAGCCGUCCUGCGUGCUCGAUCCGGUGGCGCUCGGGCUGGUGCCGGUGGCAAAGGCGCAAGGCGGAGCGGCAUCCGGCACGGACAAUAACAACAGCAGCACGAGCAUCAACAACAACAGUCCACCCGGCGGCUCCGGUGGUCCGAGCGGGCUGAAGCGGAAGCUGUCCCUGCCGCCGGCACCGCCGAGCGACAUGGCGUACGUGUGUCCGGUGUGCGACACCGAGUUCGAUGAGCGGGAAGCGCUGAAGAAGCACCAGAAGGAGCAGCACACCCGGCUGCAGGUUGGCAUCGUGUCGUCGAGGAUGGGUGAGUCCGGCACGCCGACCGGUGGGGGGGGACAUUCGCAGCCGCGGAUGAUGCCACGGUUGACCGCCCUGCCCGGGAUGAAAAUGCGCCUACUGGAUGGGAAGCGGAUAAUGGACAAAAAGCGACGCCUACUGCCCGACCCAACCGAUGAUGACGUUGAGCUAAUAGAGCACGACGAAUCGCUAGACAACGACGGCCACAGCACUGGCGGCCUAAUACCGAUAGAUGACAGUCCGCGGGGCAUUGAACGGCGGCAGACCGCAUCCGGUGCUACCGCGUCAACGCCCACUGAAGAACCGUCCCAGUUCCAGUGCGACCUCUGCCAUAAAAAGUUCCCCUACAACUGCUACCUAACGAUGCACAUGCGUAAAAAUCACGACAAAUCCAAACCGUACGGCUGCAAGGUGUGCCAUUACCGCUUCGGGUACCGCGGUACGCUGCUGCGCCACCAGCUGAUCCACUCGUCCCAGCGUGUCCAGCCCGGCAGCCACGGUUCAAUCAUCUUCAAGUGCCGCAUCUGUUCGGCCAAAUUUCUCGAGCUAAGGCAGCUGAAUAUGCAUCUGAAAGGGCACCGGAAGGUGCCGGAAGAGCCAGAGCCCAACCAGCAGGUGCAGCUGAUUCGCUGCAACGAGUGUCCGCAAAUCUUUAGCAACCCGAACCAGCUCGCACGGCACAUGGUGAAGGAGCAUCAGCAGGAGCAGCAAGAGAGCGAGGACGACGAGCUAUACAAUUCCGACCGAUUAUUUCAGCACCAGCAGCAAGCCGACCUGGCCAUGUAUCCGUCCUCUUCGUCGUUAAGAGGUGACGGUGGUGGUCGUACCACCACGAACGAUCUCAAGCAUAAUUCCGAACAGUCGAAAGACGGCCACGGCGCUGCACUCAUAAACGACGAUAUAUCGAUCAUCAAGCUGGAGCCAAACUUUGAUUAAGCGUGGAAGGUAUAGAUGUGUUUUAUUUUUCUAGGGGAAUUCUACAACUUACUUCCUUUGUUUUCACCCUCCGCGGAUAGGGGCGAAGACUUUUAAGCAUAGAUAGGAAGGGGUUUUUUUAGUGAUAAGGUUGUGGUAGAUACGCAGGUAGGUACGAAGCACGAUGGAAUUAAAUGGUGAAAACAAAAACCCGUCUGUACAAUCUUAACCAAAUAAACUGGAAACCAAUCAUCGAACUACAA